AGCCCAACCUCACAUGAAAAGUCACUGAGCAUCCAAAGAAUGCCUGCCUCGUCGAAUGAUGACUCUGGCUCGGACGCCGAGAAGAGCAUUGCUCAGCGUAGGUCUCAAGCCGAGAAUGGAUCAGAAUCUAAGGGCAAGCAACGAGGCAGGCCCAAGCGUCAGUCUGCUGUAAAGCCUGCUACGCCGCCACCUGUGGAGGACGAAGAAGAGGAGGAAGGGGAAGGAGAAGGGGAUGAGGACGAUGAAGACAUGGACGAGGAUGUGUUCAUCGUCGAGAGUAUCCUUGACCACAUGGUGGACGAAGACAGAACCGUCAAGUUUAAAGUGAAGUGGGAGGGUUGGGACAAUGAGGAGGAUCUAACAUGGGAGCCUGAGGAAAAUCUAUCUGGUAGUGCGAACGAAGUUUUAGAGAAAUAUCUCGCCGGCAUUGGAGGAAUAGAAGCCAUCAUGAAACAGACCAAAGCUGUCAAGGGCAAGAAGCGAGGCCGUCCGUCGGCUGCAAAGAAGGACAUUGAGGCAUCACCACCUCCAGCAACCAAGCGCUCCCGUCGCGAGGCGCAUCCUGCUGCAUCCACACCGCCUGCUGCCGCCAAGAAGUGGAUGCCGCCCACAGGCUCAUGGGAAGACGAAAUCGACACCAUUGACGCACAGCAGGACACUGGCUCGGGUAAGCUCGUGGUCUACCUGACGUGGAAGAAUGGCCAAAAGACGAGGCACGACACCAGUGUGAUUUACAAAAAGUGCCCUCAAAUGAUGCUAAGGUAUUACGAACGACACAUACGAGUGGUCCACGCCGAGGAAUAGGUUUAAGCAUGAGGUUAAGGGUUUAAUACCAGGGCGUUGAGGGAUAUCAUUUGUUUUCUUUCUUUGAUUUACUGGACAAGUUUUGGGCUACGAUUUUGUUCUUCCGAGCUAGCCAAGGCGACUUACUGGUUGCCACUAUUGUAUAAGUGAUGGCACAAACGGGGAGGGGGAAGCAGGCGUAUGCAUGCAUGAUUGCGCUGCAGCGACACAAUACAUUGUAAAUAUACUCUAAUCACAGCCUGUGAUUCAUGCAUACAAAUCUACCCAUCUGCAAGACUAAUACGCCCCUU